AUGCCCUCAGCCACAAGCAACAAGGCUGUGCCGGGCUCCGGCGAGGCACCAACCGGUGCUGGGAAUGUACAGAGCGAGGCCGUAAAACAGAUCCUAGUGGUCCUUGAUAAGAAGCUGCGGAACCUUGAAAAGAAAAAGGGCAAGUUGGACGACUACCAGGACAGAAUGAACAAAGGAGAGCGACUGAAUCAGGACCAACUGGAUGCGGUGGCAAAAUAUCAGGAGGUUGUAACAAACAUGGAGUUUGCUCGAGAACUGCAGAAAAGUUUCAUGGCAUUGGGCCAAGAUGUAAGUUAUGAUUUGAAAUGUGAACUCCUAAGAGAGCAGCUCAUGCGUGAAGAGGCCGAACAGAAACGUUUAAAAACAGCGCUAGAGUUGCAGUUUGUCUUAGAUAAAAUUGGUGAUGAAGAAGUACGCCAUGACUUGAAACAAGGCCUUAAUGGGGUUCCUCUGGUGUCGGAAGAAGAACUAACUUUAAUGGAUGAUUUUUAUAAGCUCCUGGAUCCUGCACGAGAUCCAUCUGUAAGGUUGAGUGAUCAAUAUGAACAGGCCUCCAUGCACCUCUGGGAUGUCUUGGAUGGAAAAGACAAGCAAGUGUGCGGAACCACAUAUAAAGCUUUGCGGGAAAUGGUGGAUCGCAUCCUCCAGAGUGGGUUUUUUGACAAUACGAAGAAUCACCAAAAUGGACUGUGUGAGGAGGAGGAACCCCUCGCAGUGCCGCCGGCAGAAGAACAAGCACCUGAGCUUGAACCUGAAGCUGUGGAAGAAUAUACUGAGCCCAGUGAAGUGGAGUCCACCGAGUUUGUAAACAGACAGUUUAUGGCAGAGAGCCAGUUCAGCAGCGGAGAAAAGGAGCAAGUGCAAGAAUGGGCCGUAGAAACUGUUGAAGUCGUAAACUCACUCCAGCAGCAGCAACCAACAUCCCCAACUGUCCCCGAGCCCCUAUCCCUAAAUGCCAUUUCCCAAGUCCAGCCUGAUCCCAUUGUACGAAGGCAGAGGGUUCAGGACCUGAUGGCCCAGAUGCAAGGUCCAUAUAAUUUCAUGCAGGACUCUAUGUUGGAUUUUGAAAACCAACCAAUAGACCCUGCAAUUGUGUCUGCGCAGCCUAUGAAUCCAGCUCAAAGCAUGGAGCUGCCUCAGAUGGUCUGCCCUCCAGAGUACAAAAAUUAUUUUCUUGCUCAGUUUUUCUUAAUGCGAUGUACAUUUUCUGCUCUUAAGGUUCCCCUGGUAUCUUCCACUAGUGAAGGCUUUGCCGGCUCUCCACAAUUGUACCAGCCUUCUCACCCCACAGAACAGAGGUCACAAAAAGAAGCCAUGGAGCAGAUUCAGGCCUCUCUGUCUUUAAGUUCAGAUCCAACGCAAACUUCCUCAUCGCUUCCUGCUGCUUCCCAACCUCAGGUGUUCCAGACUGGGUCCAACAAGCCGCUGCACAGCAGUGGUAUCAAUGUGAAUGCUGCUCCAUUCCAGUCCAUGCAGACCGUUUUUAAUAUGAAUGCACCUGUCCCUCCUGUGAAUGAGGCAGACACGCUGAAACAGAACCAGUACCAGGCCAGUUACAGUCAAACCUUCCCAGGCCAACCACACCAAGUGGAACAAAGUGAACUUCAACAAGAGCAGCUACAGUCUGUGGUAAACACUUACCAUGCAGCAUCGGACCAGUCCCACCAAGCUUCCACUGGCCACCAACAGCAGACACAACAGAACACUGGCUUCCCCCGCAACAGCCAACCCUUCUACACAACAACAGAGGGAUGACCCGAGGAGGGCAGCGUGGUGGCAGGGGCAUGAUUAAUGGCUACAGGGGGCCAUCCAAUGGUUUCAGAGGAGGAUAUGAUGGCUACCGCCCUGCCUUCUCAAACACUCCAAACAGCGGUUACUCACAGGCUCAGUUUAGCACACCUCGAGAUUAUACCAACAACUACCAACGGGAUGGAUAUCAGCAAAAUUUUAAGCGUGGCACCGGGCAGGGAGGUCCUCGGGGCGCUCCUCGAGGUCGCGGAGGGCCCCCAAGACCUAGCCGAGGAAUGCCACAAAUGAACAGUCAACAAGUCAAUUAA